AUGCAUCUCAAUAAUCAAGUACUUGAGCCAAAAAAAACACACCCAGAUUAUGAUAAAUUAUACAAAGUACGUCCAUUUAUAAAAACGUUAUCUGAAACAUUUACAAAAUACUAUAAACCGAAAAAAAAUAUAUCGAUUGACGAAUCUAUGAUAAGAUUCAAAGGGCGUUCAUGUCUCCGACAAUAUAUGCCUAAAAAGCCUAUAAAAUGGGGCUACAAAAUUUGGGUGCGGGCAGACGAACAAGGAUAUGUAGACGAAUUUCAAAUAUAUACUGGGAAAAUAGGAAAUUUUGUAGAAAAAGAGCUAGGACCCAGAGUAAUUACUGAUCUCACACGAUCUUUGGUAGGUAAAAAUUACCAAAUAUAUUUUGACAACUACUUCACGUCGAUAUCACUUCUACGGAAAUUGAAAAAAGAAAAUAUAUAUGCAUGCGGAACUAUUAGAAAAGGAAGAAAGAAUAUGCAAAUAGAUUUUAAAUCAAACAAAAUUUUCAAACGAGGUGAAUACGACUGCAGAGCAACUGAUGAUGGAUUGACUUGUGUCAAGUGGAUGCACAAACGUAUUGUUUUUUUUGCCAGUAAUUUUCAUAAUCAAAAUUCUGUUGUGUAUGUCAACCGCAAAAAUAAAGAUGGUACAGUAGAAGAAUUACAGUGCCCAAAAUUAGUAAAGGAUUACACAAAACAUAUGGGAUAUGUAGAUAAAGCAGAUAUGUUAAAAUCUGUGUACGAAAUAGACAGAAAAAGCAAAAAAUGGUGGCACAGAAUAUUUUUUGUUGAUGUCUCAGUGGUAAAUUCUCAUAUUAUAUAUAAAUCUAGAUGUGAAGGAAAUACAAUGGACUUGAAAAUUUUUUGUCUCGCCAUUGUCGGGGGUUUAUUAGGUGCUCGGUCGGAAACUCGUACACGUUAUCAAAAUGAAAAUCUAAAAAUGGGACCGGUUGAUGUUCGAAUUGAAAUGAAAAGUUCAGCUGCAAUACCCGAUAAAACAACGGCUUACUGUCUUAUGCUGCAAGAUAGAUUAGUAGAAUUCACACCUUUGACCGGUGAAGUUAACAAAAUCGUUUAA